AUGCCCCACAACAGCUCGACCGGCGAUGAGCUGGGCAGCACGGAUGAGGUGAAAGUGUUUAAGGACGAGGGGGACCGGGACGACGAGAAGCUGUCGGAGAAUCUGCUGGAGGAAAAGUCCAGCCUGAUCGAUUUGACCGAAAGCGAGGAGAAGACGGUCAAGAACGGUACCACCCGCCAUGAAAGCUCCAGCACACUGUACGGUGGCAGCGGGGGAGCAAAUGGAGGGGGUGGGUCGGGUGGUAAACUGCCGCACGGGGGUGCGCCCCAUCCCGGGUUCAACAUGGGCUACAUCGUGCCGCCGUACUCGUACCCGAACGGUGCGGCCGGCGGUCUGCCGGUGUCGAUGGCGAACAAGAUGAGCCUGCCGCCGUUCUUCUGCCACAACGGCGACCAUCUGUCAUCGCCCCCGCCGGCCCACUGUGGCAUCCUACCGUACCAGCUGGACCCGAAGACGAUGAGCCUGACGAGGCCACCGCUGUACAGCUUCCCCACCAGCCAGUAUCCCUACCCGAUGAUCAGCCCGGAUAUGCUGCCGGUGCCAUCGUCGUGGCAUUCGCCCUCACUGUACAGUCCGGCCGCCGGCUUCCGAACGCCCUACCCAUCCUCGCUCCAGAUCUACACGUCGCUGUCGAGUGACUUCUAUCGCUACUCGCCCACGCUGCUACCGCCCAGCAUUCAUCCAUCGCAUCCGGUGCUAAACUCGGGACAUCCGGCGAUCAUCACCCCGGGUCCCAAGCAGGACAUUCCCGGGAGUGGGGGCGGAUCGCACCGGGGUAGCGAUCGGCAAGGGGCGUCGAUCAAGCUGGAAUCGUCGACGUCCGGCGCGGAUCACGAACCUUCGUCCGGCCAUCACCAUCACCAUCGGUCUUCCGCUUCCUACCACCAUCACCGAUCGGGCGGAUCGCUUGGUGAUCAGCACGGUAACAACAACAACAACAGUAACCAUCACACGAACCACAACCAUCACAACCACCACCAGAACCACCACAACAAUGGAGGGGGCGGUGGUGGCCACAAGCACCAAUCGCUCGCGGAACGUGAGGCCGCCCUCGAGAAGAAGCGUAGCCACGUGAAGAAGCCGCUGAACGCGUUCAUGCUCUACAUGAAGGAGAUGCGGGCGAAGGUGGUGGCCGAAUGCACGCUGAAGGAGUCGGCCGCCAUCAACCAAAUUCUCGGCCGCAAGUGGCAUUCGCUGUCGCGCGAAGAGCAGAGCGUGUACUACGACAAGGCGCGCCAGGAGCGGCAACUCCACAUGGAGCUCUACCCGGGCUGGACGGCCCGGGACAACUACGGGUACGGUGCGAAGAAAAAGAAAAGGAAAAAGGAUCGCAGUCCGGCGGAUCCGGGCGGGAACAGUAUGAAAAAGUGCCGGGCCCGGUACGGGCUGGAUCAGCAAAACCAGUGGUGCAAACCGUGCCGGCGCAAGAAGAAGUGCAUCCGGUACAAGGAGGCGGGCGGAGGGGAUCGCGGUGAUGGUGGCAGCGAUCGGGAAGGUGGUCGCGAUCGGGGCGAUGGUUCGGACGAUGCGAUCGGGAGCUGUGGCAGUAUGGAGGACGACAGCAGUAAGUCGCCGGGCGAGGAGGACGAAGAUCGUGAGUCGAUCAACCAGUCACUGUCCAGUCCGCGGUGUCUGAGCGUACUGUCGAGCCUGCAGUCGCCGUCGACCAGUAUAGCGUCCCCGCUGAAUUUGCUCGCAAGCCCCGCGACGCCAACGAACUUCUACCACCAUCACGACCACCUCGGGCUGGCGUCGAUGAUCGCGUCCGCCCAGCAGCAGCACCAGCAGCAGCAGCUGCAGCAGCAACUUCAACAGCAGCAACAGCAACAACAUUACCUCCACCAGCACCAUCACCAUCACCACCACCAUCAUCAGCAGGCGGCGGCGGCGGCGGCAGUGGCCGCAGCAGCCCUGCAGAACGUGAGCGAUAAGCUGAACAACAUCAGCAACGAUUCCGGCAUCGGCGGAUCGCAGCUGAACAACAGCUACAGCAACAACUUCAGCCCCUACAACAACCACCACACCAUGCGCACCAGCUCGUCGUCCUCGGCGGCCAGCAAUGGCAACGGUGGCGGCGGUGGCACAAACCUCAACAACAGCUCCUCCAGUGUCACGAACGGUACCGGCGGUGGGCUGGGCAAGAGCCCAACCGCGAUGCUGCUACCUCCGACACCUUCCACCCCCACGCUCGCCCCUCCCACACCCUCCUCCUCGUCGUCCUCCUCAUCUUCCUCCUCCUCGUCGUCCUCGUCCUCGCUGUCGUCCUCCUCCUCUUCCACGCCCUCGCUCCAGAUACCGCCCCAUCUGCAGCAGCUGAACUUAAAGACAUCCCCGCCACUGUUGCCCAACACGCCACCCUCGUCCGGGGGUUCGUCCGUGUCGUCCACGACUGCGCUCACGAUAAAGGAGGAGCUGCCCGACAGUAGCACCGGCAAUGGGCCGAUGGGUUCACCGGCGUCCGGUGCGCUACAUCCCGCCUCGUCCACCAGCCCACCGGCGGGCGGCGGCGGUGGGUUCCUGCUGCAUCCCGCCCAUCACCAUCAUCACCUCGCCUCCCUCCACAGCAGCAGCAACAGUAGCAACAGCGGCAGCAACCACCCACUGCAGCUCGGCCAUACGCAGCUUCACGCGACCAGCAAAACCAACGGUGAUCUCUCCCCAUCAACGACGACCGCAGCAGUGGCGACCGGUGCAUCCAGCAGCAAUGACAGCGGUCCAGCGGCAGCAGCAGCAGCGGUCACCAACGGCGGCAGCAGUAGUCGGAGCAGCAGCAGCAGCAGUAGUCAAAUCGCUAGUGAUAGUUUUCCGUACCUUCGCUGCUGGUGA